AUGAUCGAUGAUAAAGAUGAAAUACCUACCAACAACGACAUAGAGAAAACAGCGCAAGUUAGAAUUAUUGACAGCAUACCUGUGCUGGGUCUGAGCGAAGAUGAUGCAGCUUUCUAUAAUAGCGUAACACAAUAUCAGAGGAAGAAAAUCGUCAGAAAGGUUGAUCUACGACUUGUCCCAAUGCUGGCGAUUCUCUAUCUCGUUUCACAACUCGACCGUGCAAAUAUUGGAAAUGCAAAAAUUGAAGGACUUGCUGAAGACCUUCAUCUAGUGGGCAACCAGUACAAUAUUGUCUUAGCCCUGUUCUUCAUACCAUACAUCUUGCUCGAGGUACCCAGCAAUGUCUUAUUGAAGAAGUUCAAACGCCCCUCAGUCUAUCUCGGCUCGCUGGUCACUAUUUGGGGAAUUGUUAUGACCAUGCUCGGAGUUGUCAGCAACUUUGGCGGGUUGCUCGCCGUGCGACUUCUGCUUGGCGUGUUCGAAGCGGGGUUUUACCCUGGCGCAAUUUAUCUCUGUACAUUUUGGUACAUGCCGAAGGAGCUUGCCACAAGAAUUGCAUACUUUUACUGCACCAGUGCUUUGUCCGGAGCAUUUUCAGGUCUUUUGGCCGCUGCAAUUGCUCUGAUGGAUGGCAUUGGUGGGUAUGAGGGCUGGCGGUGGAUCUUCCUCCUCGAAGGUAUUGCUACUACUCUGCUUGGAGUGCUUUGUUUCUUUUUCCUCAUUGAUUCUCCCUCGCUCUCAGGAAGUUGGUUGUCGCAAGACGAGAUAAGAUUCCUUGAGCUCCAAGCAUUCGUGAAGCAGGGUGGACGUUUCUCAGAACAGUCAGCUGAGAACAGAUUCGGCUGGUAUGAAUUCAGAAUGGUUCUCACCAAUUGGAGGCUUUAUCUCCAAGCAUACAUUCUCCUUUGUAUUUCAGCAUGCUCAUAUGGUACCAAAUUCACCCUUCCUUCCAUAAUUAAGGCGAUGGGCUUUUCCAACAACACAAUGGCCCAACUUAUGACAGUACCUGCUUACGUCGCAGGAGGUAUCUCUUCUAUUUUCUUCGCUUUCCUAUCUGAUCGUUUUCUCUGGCGGAUGCCCUUCGUUGUCAUUCCUUUAUUACUCAUCACUAUCGGAUACUCUGUUGUGAUAGGCUUCAACGGCGACCUGGGAGGCAGCCAUACUGGCCCUGGUUAUUUCGCCCUUGUGCUUACUUGCAUGGGUAUCUAUCCUGUCCAGCCUUCCGGAACUAGUUGGGCCGCCAAUAACCUGGCUCCAGCCAACCGUCGCGCGAUCGGAGUUGCCUUUUGCAUCUGUAUGGGCAACAUUGGUGGAAUUAUCGGUAGCUUCAUGUAUCUUGACAAAGAAGCGCCUUUCUAUCACACAGGCUUUGGUCUCUCUUUGGCCUUUGGUGGCUCUGGCGUUCUUGUUGCCCUAUUCCUGGAAUUGAGUUAUAUGUGGGCUAAUCAACAGAAGUCCAAGAUUCCUGAAGAACAGAUUAGAGCACAGUUUUCGGAAGACGAACUUCUUAGAUUGGGGGACAAGAGUUUGCUUUUCAAGCAUACACUCUAA